AUCUGAUUUGUAUAAAUAGAAUCGAAAGCUCAGUAUAAAGCAUCAGAUCCAACUACUCCUAUCACCCUAUCACUAUCGUUCAGCCAAAGAGCUCAAGUUCUCACUCAAAAUGUACAAGAUUGUUUGCCUGUUCGCCAUCAUUGCCGUCGCUUCGGUGUCAGCUGAGCCAAAGCCCGGAGUCCUAGCCUAUAGUGCUCCUCUUGUAGCAGCGGCCCCAGCAGCUUUUGUGUCGGAAGGAGCAGCCGUUUACGAGCGCACUUAUCACGGAAACAUCGCCCCAUUCUCUCCAGUUGCUGCCUACGCCGCUGCUCCUUAUGUUGCCGCUCCUCUGGCUUAUUCCGCACCCUACGUUGCUGCAGCUGCUGCUCCAGUGCUGGUCAAGUGAGGAAUUUUGAUCUGUGAAUAAUAGCUAUGAAAUGUGAUGAUCCUGACAGCGAAUUGGAAAACGUAAAAUAACUAUGUCAAAAAAGGUACAAAAAAAAAAA